CACGUGACAAUAAGGGCACGCGCAGUUUUUUCGUACUUUUGUAAACAACAUGGCGACUCACGGACUGAUCAACCCCAAACACGGAGCGUCCAAAUCCUGAGUUUAUCGUGUUAAGACACAGUCCGUUAAACCUUCUGCAAGUUACACAUCUAACAAACGGCCAAGGUCGAACCGUAACGUUAAAGAGCUGGGCCGACGCAGUGUCAGGAAGAGCCUUUGACAGACAGACGGCCCUUUUCAGUCUAUGGGCUCUCAGUCCAGUUCUGGGAUGUCUGGUGGAAGGAGCUCUUCCAGUGACAACCCAGCGGAGCGGUCUGAAGCAGAAGAACCAAACCGGGACAACAGCAACAGCCGGGGACGCAGGGCGGCGGACGGACAGACUGCAUCGGAGGAGGACAUCGACCUAGCUGAAGUGCUGGCUUACUUACUGAGGAGGGGCCAGGUUAGACUGGUCCAUGGCAGUGGAGCCACUGGGCUUCAGCUGGUCCAGUCAUACUCUGACUCUGAUGACGACAGUGAUGGAGCCUGGGAGGGUCGGCUGGGAGACCGCUACAAACCACCAGUGGACACUCAACCUGACACAGACGAAGUGGACCGAAGUGAGAUCCGAACUCAGAUCCUGCUGGCCACUGCCUCCUCUGCUUUAAAAGGCAGACACAGCUUCACGCACAUGUUAACAGAGAGAGAACAAGGCAGAUGUAGAGGUUCCAGUUUUUCUCAUGGGGAGUGCAGUCGUAUCCGCACACAUUUCCUGCCAAAUUAUGUAUCCCACAAGGAUACAUACCAGCAGAAAGCCUUUUGUGGAGUGUACAGCGAGGAUGGCAACAUGCUCCUCUCUGCCUGCCAAGACCAGAACAUCCGGCUGUAUGAUACCACCAGAGGGCGCUUUAAUCUACAGCGAACAGUGAAGGCUAGGGACGUGGGCUGGAGUGUGCUGGACGUCUGCUUCACCCCGGAUGCACACCAUGUACUCUACUCCAGCUGGUCUGACUACAUUCAUCUGUGCAGUAUAUAUGGAGACAGUGAAAACCACACCGCCUUGGAUCUCAAUCCAGAUGAGAGGAGGUUCUGUGUGUUUUCACUGGCUGCUUCCACAGAUGGCAAAGAGAUCCUGGGAGGAGCAAAUGAUGGCUGCCUUUAUGUUUUUGACCUUGAGCAGAAUAAACGAACGUUGAAGAUUGAUGCCCAUGAAGAUGAUGUAAACACUGUUGCCUUUGCUGACAGCUCAUCCCAGCUGCUUUUCUCCGGCAGCGAUGAUGCGCUCUGCAAAGUAUGGGACAGACGGACGCUGCGGGAGGACAGACCACAGCCUGUUGGACAGCUGGCUGGCCACAGGGAUGGCAUCACCUUCAUCCACAGCAAGGGUGAUGCACGCUACCUAAUCAGCAACUCAAAGGACCAGUCCAUCAAGCUCUGGGACGUCAGGAAGUUCUCACCCAAAGAGGGGCUGGCAGCUUCCCGCCUGGCUGUCACCCAACAAAACUGGGAUUACCGCUGGCAGCAGGUUCCCCAGAGAGCCCUGAAGAGACACAAACUAACAGGCGACACCUCAGUGAUGACGUACCGGGGCCACGGUGUUCUGCACACUCUCAUCCGCUGCCGCUUCUCCCCAGAGUUCAGCACUGGGCAGAGAUUCAUCUACUCUGGCUGCUCUACUGGAAAAAUUAUCAUUUAUGACGUACUGACAGGAUGCGUGGUUUCCAGACUGUCAGGCCAUGACGCCUGUGUGAGGGAUGUCAGCUGGCACCCAUAUGAGGACACCCUCGUCAGCAGCUCUUGGGAUGGAGCGGUGCAAAUGUGGGAGCACAGACAAACCCAUCCUCUAGAGGUGGAGAGAGAAAGGGACAGAGACUGAUGACGAGACACAAAAGGAAGCUGUGCCAGAGAAAGACAGAUCAGACGGGGUGAGACUGAUCCUAACAACAAGCUCGGAAGGACUGGAACAGCCUGAAAUGCCUUUUAAAUUCGAUGCUGGAUAGUAAAGAUUACAACUCUGUUGUGGUUGUGAAGUGUUAAUUUAGCAAGCAUUCCAGCCUUAUCUUGACAAGGUCACAUUAGACACACUGGGAUGGCUUACUUGUUUGUUUUUGUGUUGCCUCUCCUUCCACAAAACAAAUAGGCCAGAUCUUUUGCAUUUGGCCUGAAACACUUCAAUCAAAAUGUGCUACUCAAACUGCUAAGCAGUACACAUAAUGAGCUGUUGAAAUGUGAUGGGAAUUUAGUUAUAUGAAACAUUGGAUUCUGUGAGGAAACUGGCAGUAAUUAGUGUGUAAAUACUGUUUUAAUGAAUGUGUGUUCAGGGAGUGUGUUUAGAUCAUAGUCCGGGGGCUUUGAUUUUGACAUUGCAGUUAUGAAUAACAUGAGUUGUGUCCUAUUUCUGAGUGCACUUUUAAAAACUGAAUAAGUUGAAAUAAUCCAGUGCAUAAUUUGCCAAACCUGUUACCAUGUACAUUUCCAGAGAUUUCUAUCGGUCCACCACUUGGUCAGCUGUUUAAGGGCAGUUUCCUGGUGGAGUUGCUGUGUUGGAAAUUGCAAGCAUAGUUGAGUGGGACUGCUCAAACAUACUGUUUAACUAUAAACCUCCCAAUAAUCUUACUGUGGAUCCUCAUUAGGCCGGCUCACAUCUACAGCUUUAUCAUCGAUCCUUGGUCAGCACUCAACAUGAGCCCUGAGUCAAUUUGUAUAGUAAUAUUGUUGGCCAGUAGAAACCUGUGAUCUGUUCAGAGCUGAGUAUGUGUGAUAAUCUGUUAGUCAGGACUUGAAGGGGCUGGGGAUGUGAACAUGGACAAAAACUUAAACACUGACCUGUAUGUGCAACUCUUAGGUGUUUAUAUCAAAGCCCAUAUUUCACACCAUUUUACAGGAGCAAUAAAGCCUCUUUUUAAAUGUAUCACAAAGAUGCUAUUUUGUGGGUUAUUAAAAUUGACAUUUUCGA